AUAUUUUAUAUUUAAAUUUGAAAUGAGUGAUGAAGUGCAGUGCAGUGUUCUACUCUGAGAUUCACAUGCUUCCACCCAACUCUUCAAGCUUUCCAGACUGACUCACUAAAUGACCUCUCUCUCUCUCUCUCUAGAAUGCAGCUUUCUCCGCUCCCAUUUUCCCUAUUUCAAAGUUCGCUAGCUGUCUCUGCGCUUUAAUUUACUAUCAAUCACCAAAAUGUGGCAAUUCAUCGUAGCAGCAGCGGCUGCAGCAGGAUCUGGGAUUUUAGCCAAAAAAUUAAUUACCCCCCAUGAUACUGACUGCGACAUAAAAUACCUAGAUUCUGCUGAAACUAAAUCUUCACCGCCACAAGAUUCUGUCUUUGAAUCAAACUAUACACUCAAAGAAAACACUAUUCAAGAGAACGCAGAAACCCUCGUCGACGAGGCCGCGAUCUUCAGGUUUUCGAGUCCGGAGAUCGCGUCUAAGGAGCUUAGGACGAAUACUCGAAAUGGGUUCAGAAAUGGGGGUCCGAAGAGGGGAAAAAAGAAAAAUGCUGCGUCGGAAGCCUGUCGGAAAGAGGCGGUGGCGGAUCAGGUUGGUUUUAAGAGUGGAAAGAGGAUUUCUGUUUGCUUGAAGAAGAGGAGAACUGGCAAGCAUGCUGCAGGGAAGUGUGAAUCUUGUGUUUCAAAAGAUAAUUCAUUUGGAUGGGGAGUUGGUGUUGGGAUAAUGUAUAUGGUGUCAGCUGGAACAGCUGAAAUCUCUAAGUUGAACUCUGCAAUGUGCGAGACGGUAAAAACUGUCGAAGAACUAAAAGCCGAGAUCUCAAAAAGGAAAAACUCACAAAACGUGAGUGUCCCAGUUGCUGGGAAUGAAGCUGGAACAAAUAAGAAGUUUGUUGAAAGCUGUUACAAAGAUCCAUCAUUCACUAGGGCAGCUACCAAGAGCGAAGAAAAUAUGAAUGCAUUUAGUCCUGCUUUGACCGAUGAAGGUGAAUGUGCGAGUAGCAUUCUUACGAAUAAUCAGCAUUCCGAGGUGUUAGAAAUGCAUCAGUUGGAAGCAGAGCUAGAGUCUGAACUUCAGAAACUUCCCUGGUCUGGAAUGGAAGCUUCUAGUUCUGAUGGAAGAACAGACAUUUAUGAGACUGAAGUGUUGGCUAAAGGAGAAGCGUUUGAGAAUGCAAGCUCGUAUCAAUAUAAUGGUGUGUCGGCAGGUGAACUGGAUCAGAAACUGUGUCAUUUGCUCGUCGAACAACAGGAAAGCCAAAUAAUGGAGCUAGAGGCCGAAUUGAAUGAGGCGCAUUCCAAACUCCACCAGAAAGAAACUGAGCUCCAAAAACUCAGAGACUGUGUGAAACGACUAACAGAGUUUUCGCUAGUCAAUGCUUCAGAUGAAGAAGGUGAGAAUGAAGAGGCGGAUGUGCAGGCAAUAACAGAUGGAAUUGAAGAGAAGAAGGCUGGAUUGGAAUCAAUGGUUGGAAUGAAACGAAGCAUUGGCUGUACAUCAUACAUUUGCUCUGGUAAAUAACAGUGUGAUCCCAUGGGCAACACCACACCACAGUCAUCUGAUGCCUGAAUGCUGCAAAGACAUCUGACAUCAUUUAUGGCUCUCGACACCCUUUGUUCUUCUCCAUGCAACGGUCCCCCCCCCCCCCCCCCAAGAAAAAUGUACAACAAAAAAAACUUAUUUUUUAUAUUUGGUAGUGAUAUAUUUAAUCGUUCUUAGUUAAGGGGCAUUUCUUGAGAGAGAGAGAGAGAUGACUAUUGUAGGUGAUGGUGGGGCGAGGAAGAUGUUAUUGACUUUAGGAAAAGUACCAAAUAUUUGGGCACAAAAUACAAUGGGGAGAGGUUAAGUUGUUUACAUGUCUAAUCCAA